GCCGAUCGAGCUUCCGAGGAAGCACGUAUCGCGUGGCCGAUUCGUACUCGUCGUUGCCAACAUAGCGAGGCAAAUCGAAAGAGAAAGUAGCCUCGUGUCGCAAUACUAUACACCUGACUUUAUAACGGAGUACAACGAAAUCUCUUAGUCGCCGCGUGACAGCGAUUGGAGAAGCACCUCGACCAAUUGUCCUUUCCACCCUGAUUCUUCCCUCGUUCCACAGCAGAACGACCCAGUGCAGAAGCGCAGGAGAACCCGUGUAGUGAGUACGCUUGCCGAUCUUCGCUUUCGCUCGAGGAAAGCGGAAUUGAAAAGGCGGAGUCUUGGUUGUAGCGCAACGAUGUGGGUGCAUUUCGGAGCAGAGAGGAUCUCGGGAUUACGCAUCCUGGUUCUGCUGUGCCUGCUCCAUCUGUCCGUUGGUUCGCCAGCUGAACAACCGACCAGAUUCACGCUCAGCACGGGCGAAGGAGGCGAGAGGAAUGUCGUUCCAGGGACGUCGCUUAAUUUCCAGCAAGGUCGACAGGCGUUGGCCAGCGAGAACAACGUGAUCGUGGAGAAGUCGGUGGCCUUGAGUCAUGGACCCAUAUCCUCAGGAUCGACCCCGUACCCGCCAGUGACGAACACUCUAGUCAACGCGCGUGAGACCGUGCGACUGGAGAACGAGACUGCGCAAAGAUUCUUGGAGAAACCGGUCCCGAAGCCCAUCGCGGGUUUUUUGGAAUCUUUUUUGAAGCCUACGCCACUGGUCGACGGCAUCAAGGAGCAAGAGAAAUAUGGAAAUUCUGGGGACAAGUUUAUCGGGAUCGGUCGCGCCCUAGUCAGCGGCUUCGAAGGAUUCAGCAAUUUCCUCAAUACUAUCGUCGACUUUCCACGGAACGCGGCGAAAAAGACUUCCAGGGGUAUCACGGAGGCGCUGAAUCAGGUUGGCGCUCGCCUAGUUGGGCUCGACUGACGAGUGUAAAUAUCGUAAUUUAAGAGAGAGCUU